AUGCCCAAAACAAUCCCGUCAUUCUUAUUACCUUUCCUCGAAAGAAACCCUCUUCAAGCAGGACCACUCCUAACGACAACAUAUGAUCUCACAUUAUCUGUAGGAUGGAUCGAUACUCGAUUACUGGAAAUUGGAGGAUGGGUAGUUCUCAUAGGACAUAAAAAUGAAUCGGAUCCAUUACGUGCUGUACUACCUAUUCCGAUACACACAACAUCUCUUAAACCGUCCUCACUGAAAACAAUUUUCAAUCAACUAUCUUCCUUAUCUCUUGAGAAUCUUCCACAACCAUUCGAACCGCUGGCUCCUUCCCUCGAUGAUCUGAGAGAUGAAAUAACCAAAUCUACUCUAACCAAAGAAGAAGGUUCGCAAGAGGUAUCAAAUGUAGACACGGAGACACCUACCAGUCAAGCGGAAAAAGGCGAACGAGAAGGAGAAAUACAGGAAGACCAAGUUAAAUUAGAUAAAGAAACUAUUUAUACUUCAAUAGUAACUCCUGAUUCUACGGUUGUCUACUACAAAAUAUCAAAAGGGAUAAAGAAACCUGCUGAUAUACCCGACGAGUAA